AGGUGGUAUCAAAUAUAGUUUUAUUUUUUGUUUGUUUUUGACUGAAAUCUUCAAAUUAAGACAUGGGGUUUUGUUUUCUUCUCAGUUUGCUGAGAUGGGUUGCUUUGAAAUGAAGUUGGACUUGUUUAAAGCUUGCAUGGAAAUGAUAUUUUAGCUAACAAUUGCUACCAUCAACUAAAUUUUUUUCUUAUAUAUGGAGAUUUACCUUUGUUCUUUUAUGCUUCUCUUGUCUUUUUCUUUCAUCCUCUUGUUUUUCCUUACUUUCUUCAGCCAAAAGGUUGCUAAUUAUGAUCAGUGUACUAAGAACAAAUUCCAUAGCUUAGUUUACUUAAUAAGCAAUAAUUACGGAUCUAGUUAAGCAAGAACUCUAAUCAACGCUCAUAUUCGUGCAAGUCUUGCAUAUAAAUUUGAAAUUUGAGAAUUCUUUGCUGGGUUUUGUUACCAGUCAUUGCAGGUGAACAUCAUUGUGCAAAAUCUAAUGGAUAGGCUUAGACCACUUGUGGGUUUAAAAGGAUGGGAUUAUUGUGUUCUCUGGAAACUGAGUGAAGAUCAAAGAUUUAUUGAAUGGAUGAAUUGUUGUUGUGGUGGGACUGAAAACAUCCAAAAUGAUGGAGACCAACAACCUUCUUUCCCAGUUUCUCCAGUCCUUCCUUGCAGAGAUACAAUGUUUCAGCACCCAAGAACCAAUUCUUGUGAUCUUCUUACCCAACUUCCUUCUUCAAUACCUUUGGACUCUGGGAUUUAUGCACAGACCUUGAUAUCCAACCAACACAGUUGGUUAACUUUAAAUCCUAAUAGCUCAGAUUCAAUUGAUCCUGAAGAACCAUUUCGGACAAAAGUUUUGAUUCCAUUGCCAGGAGGAUUGAUUGAACUGUUUGCUUCGAAACAAAUACCAGAAGAUGAGCAUGUCAUGCAUUAUAUCACAUCUCAAUGCAACAUUCCAGUAGAUCACAACAGCUUGACUAGUGCAAGCAAUAUGGAUACAACUUUCACUGCAAAUGUAAACCCAAUGAAUGAGAUCCAACCAAAGCCAUGCAAUGGAAGUGAUGAAAUGGAUCCAAGCAAUCAUUUGCAUCCACCAUUUUCCCCUUCAACAGCAUUUGACAACUUACGUUUGCCUUAUGACAUCUCAUCAGUUGAUCGAAUCCGCCCAUGCAGUUCUCCAGUGAACUUCUUGCAUCAAUUUAGUUACAACCCUGAAGAAAGAACGAAGGAUGAUUUCUUUUUCGAAUGUUCACAUGAUUCAUUACUUUCGGAUAAGAAAAAUAAGUGUCCAGGGAUUCAAGAAAAUGAAAUGGAGAAGUCCAUGAUGAUUGAUACACCAAACAUGCAUGUUCAGUAUUCAGAGCCAAUAGAUAACAAGGAGAAGCAGGGGAACGAGAAGGAUUCGAUCAAACAGGAAGGUGGCCGAUCAGAUUCACUCUCGGAUUGCAGUGAUCAGAUUGAUGAUGAGGAUGAUGGAAAGUAUCGACGAAGGGCAGGGAAAGGCAAAUGCAAGAACCUUGUAGCAGAGAGGAGGAGAAGGAAGAAGCUUAAUGAAAGGCUCUAUUCCUUAAGGUCUUUGGUUCCCAAUAUCUCUAAGUUGGACAAAGCAUCCAUUCUAGGGGAUGCUAUUGAGUUUGUGAAGGAGUUGCAAAAGCAAGCAAAAGAACUUCAAGAUGAGCUUGAAGUGCAUUCAGACAACAAUACUUCCAUAUCAGGGAUACUGAUUCACAGUGGAGCUAACCUUGGGCCUAAAUCUGACCAUGAUAAAGCUCCAAACGAGCUUCACUUGGAAGCAUCUGGCACCAGAUGUAACUCAGAACAGAAUCAAGAUUCAGAUGCACAACAAAUGGAGCCUCAGGUAGAAGUGGCUCAGAUCGACGACAAUGAGUUCUUUGUUACAGUCACAUGUGAGCACAAGCCUGGAGGAUUUGUGAGAUUGAUGGAGGCAUUAAAUUCUCUAGGUUUGGAAGUGACAAAUGCAAAUGUUACUACCUUUAGAACUCUGGUGUCUAAUGUUUUCAAAGUGGAGCAGAAGAAGGACAAUGAAAUAGUCCAGGCUGAUCAUGUCAGAGACUCUUUGCUGGACUUGACACGGAAUCCUUUAAGAGACCUCUCCGAGAUGUCUAAACUAUCAGAGAAUGUCAGUGGUAUGGAUUAUCAGCACCAGCUUCACCACUUUCACAUUCAACAUGCUAAUUCCUACCCUUUUCACCAUCUUACAUGAUUGAGCAGCAAUAAUCUUCAAAUGAAGAAGGCACUUUCCUAAAAGUAUUAUAUUUGAUAACAGCAGACUUUCAAUAUAUAAGAACACUUGUGCUUUGCUUUUCAACAAAGCAAGUUAUGUACUACUUCUCAUGUCGGCCUGUUAAUGCAGCGCAUGUAUACUUCAAGGGUGUAUUUUACCUUUUAAUGGUUCAAAUUACAAACCUUCCAUGUCUAGCUAGUUUGCAUUGCAAGAAACUAAUAAAGUCGAAUU